UGGUUUCAGUUCGUUUAAAUUUUGGUAAAUGUAAUGGUGAUUCAUGUUUACAAAAUCUCUGGUGAGCUCUUAUUUUUAUAUAUUUGUUUUAAACAGCUGAGCUCUUAUUUUAAGCCUGAGCGGCACCCAAGGGGGGCGAAUAAAACGCUUUCGUUUUGGACGUCUGAGACUAUCGUGUCAAUUGCUUUGCUUCCAACCAGCCCUAGUAUAAAGGAUUAGGAAGUAGCCGGUGUUCCAUUUCCCGCCUCUUCCCUAGCUCCGCAAAUGGCCGAAACCACCAAGACCAAGAAACGCCGCCGAGCCGAUCCGGAUUCCUACUCCUCCGACCAACCCCAACUCCCUUUCAAGAACCGCCUGAAGCCCGAUUCAGUAAUCCUUGAAUCUCUACACUCCCUCUUAAAGUCCACUUUCUCGGCCUCCACUUCCUCCAAGCCCUUAACACUGUCUGACCUCUCCCUCUCCUCUGCUUGCCGCGAGGUCACCGACCUAUCUCUCUCCUCCGUCCAAUCCGCCAUCGAAUCCUUAGUUCUCUCCCUUACCCACUCCAUCCUCUCCGGCCAGGGCUUCUCCUUCAACGUCCCUUCACGCGCCGCAACGAACCAGCUGUAUGUCCCAGAACUCGACCGCAUCGUGCUGAAAGACAAAAAUACCCUCCGUCCCUUUGCCAACAUUUCCUCCGUACGCAAAUCAACCAUCACCGCCAAAAUCCUCUCUCUAGUCCACCAACUUUGCCUCAAGAGCAUCCACGUCACAAAGCGAGACCUCUUCUAUACCGACGUCAAGCUCUUCCAAGACCAGACGCAAUCUGACGCCGUUCUCGAUGAUGUUUCGUGUAUGCUCGGCUGCACUAGAUCUUCUCUCAACGUGAUCGCUGCGGAAAAAGGGGUGGUGGUCGGGAGAUUGAUUUUUAGCGACAAUGGGGAUAUGAUUGAUUGUACUAAAAUGGGUAUGGGAGGGAAAGCGAUUCCCCCCAAUAUUGAUAGAGUUGGAGAUAUGCAAAGUGAUGCAUUGUUCAUACUGUUGGUGGAAAAGGAUGCUGCUUAUAUUAGGCUGGCGGAGGAUAGAUUCUAUAAUCGGUUUCCUUGUAUUAUUGUCACCGCAAAGGGACAACCAGAUGUAGCAACCAGAUUGUUCUUGAGGAAGAUGAAGAUGGAACUGAAAUUGCCGGUUCUUGCAUUGGUGGAUAGUGAUCCUUAUGGGUUGAAGAUUUUGUCAGUGUAUGGAUGUGGUUCCAAGAAUAUGUCAUAUGAUAGUGCAAAUUUGACCACUCCAGAUAUCAAGUGGCUGGGGAUUAGGCCAAGCGAUCUCGAUAAAUAUAAGAUACCGGAGCAAUGCAGGUUGCCAAUGACUGAGCAGGAUAUUAAGACGGGCAAGGAUCUGUUGGAGGAGGAUUUUGUGAAGAAAAAUCCAGGAUGGGUUGAGGAGUUGAGCUUGAUGGUGAAGACCAAGCAGAAGGCUGAGAUUCAGGCUUUGAGCUCGUUUGGCUUUCAGUACUUGUCUGAAGUUUAUUUGCCAUUGAAGCUGCAGCAGCAGGAUUGGCUUUGAGAGAGCAUAUGAAGCUUGAGCUUGAGCUUGAGCUUGUGCACAUCCUGUAAUGUAUUUCUUGUUUGCAACUGUUUCAAGGACUAGGAAAUCGUUUAGUGAUCCUUCAAGGUUCAUGUACUUCAUCAUCAUUUGCGAUUGCUAAACAAAGUUUAAAUUGUUCACCUGCA